AUGAAUUGCGACUUCAAGAAGAUUUCAAGUUUUGAACCUGUCAGUGCAUCGCUCGUGCACUUGUGUCUGAGCAACCAAAACAUUUCCAAUAUAAGUGGGCUGUCGUCGCUGCAUGAGCUACGUCAUUUGUAUCUACAACAGAAUAACAUAAGUCGAAUCGAGGGGCUUGAACGCUGCCGAAAACUGAAGACGCUGUGGCUGUUUGAUAACUGCCUUACGACGGUGGAUAACCUGGGAUUCUGCACAAACCUGCGAGAGUUAUGGCUACAGAAUAACAAGAUCCAAACGCUGAAAGCAUCUAGCGAUGGAAUUUCGAACCUCGUCAAUCUGCAGAGACUAAAUCUGGCCAAUAACCGUAUCCGCGACGUGGAUGAGUUCGAACACCUUCGUAAACUCAUCGUUCUACGCCAGCUAUCGUUUUCAGACGAGCACUUUGGGUCGAAUCCGAUCGUCCAUCACCCAGAUUAUCGGUCUUCUGCCAUAACAAUUCUCAAACAGGCAUUGGAAUUUAACGACCAGCUAGCGGAGUUGACUCUAGCAUACCAGCAGGAGUUGCGAUUGAUAACUACCAGAAAAGAACGAGGCAAAUCAAACGCUCAGAUGUUGCAACAAGAGCUUAUGGAAGCUUUAAACGACGUUGAAACUUGUGUUACCGCUGGACAGGCGCAGAUUGAGGAGGAGAAGCAACGACAGCUUCAACUGCGCGAACAAAACGCUGACUUGUUGCGUGAAAAUGUUGCAAAGAUUCAACACGAUUUCUGUACGGCAAUUAACGAGCAAUACGAUCUCGAGGAUAAAGCAUUACUCGAAGAAGAACGCGACUACGAGAUCAUGGAGCUAGAGGCGAUGGCGGAACAAAGACUAGCGCUUACAAUCGCUGCGGUACAGCACGAAUAUCCACAUAAGGUUGCGUUCCAGCAACUACUCGAGCACAUGCCGGAUUAUCGAUUUAUUGCUGCAAAUUUUCGUCGACCGACAAACCAGCAACACGACGUUGCAUCUGGUGUUGAUGAGAGUACCGUGCAUAUUCUCCAAAUGUAUCGCUGCUUUCAUGAUGAUCUGACUGCAGCCGAGUUGUAUCUGUACCUAAAUUUCAAUCUGCUAUUGUGCCAAGUCCGAAUGCAACAAACGAUUGAGUUGUUCCACCCUCAAAGUUUACCUUUGACCUCGCUUGAAGCUCUGCAUGCUAUAGCCAGUCCGAGAGGAUCUGCUCUCCCACCGCCACCUACAGCGUUCUUACAAUUUGAACUAGGUGAACGACACUCAUGGUCGACUUCAUCCUCUGGUGGACAUGUGUAUAUGGCACGUCGAGCUCAUGUCCACUCACAAAUUUUACCACAAUUCGUGCUGCUCGAGUUGCUACUGACCCAGUUCCAGCAGCAACUACGCGCUGAAAUUGACGCGUAUCACACACGUCUCUACGUUGAAAUGGAUCCAGCAACUGCGCGACUUGAAGCGCAAUUCCAGCACGAUAACGAGCAGCUUCGACAGCGGCUCAAGGAAAAUGAAGACCGAAUAAACCAGGAAAAGAUGGAACAGGAUCGGAUACUGCGGUCGCUUCGGGGUGGCGGCAAUGAAAAGACAGACCGCAGACGAAAGGCAAAUUUAAGUUGCCCGUCUUGA